AGGUGUAUGCAGAGCCUCACUCUCGUUUACAUACACAGACACAUGUACGUACAUGUACAUGCACAGACACAUGUACACAUACAUGUACAUACACGCAGACACAUGUACAGAUGUACAUGUACAUACACACACACACACACACACACAGCCCUAUAAAAAGUUGCAGUACUUCAUUGUUCACUCACAGAGCUGGGUACUACACUCUAGGGGGAGAGGCAGAGAGCACAGCACACACUGCUUCCUUUGCUUUCACUGCACUCAGCUAUUGAGCAGUCUGACGGCUCCCAGCGCGAGUAACAGAUCCGGCCCUGAGUUCCGAGUCUGCUCAGCAAGACGGCCCUGGGGACACACUCACCCCACCAUAAUUUCCACUCGCCAUUGGCAAGCAGACGAGUGGAAAUUUCAAGGCCUG